AUGUCGAUCGAUUUUCCCGCCGAGGAGGACAUUAUCCUCAAGCGGUGGAAGGAGAUUGAUGCCUUCAACCGCCAGGUUGAGCUCUCUCGGGGCCGUGAACCCUACACUUUCUACGACGGUCCUCCCUUCGCAACCGGUCUGCCCCAUUAUGGCCACUUGUUGGCCUCCACAAUUAAGGAUAUCAUUCCCAGAUACUGGGCGAUGAAGGGCUACUAUGUUGAACGCCGAUUUGGUUGGGAUACUCACGGUGUUCCCAUUGAAUACGAGAUUGACAAAAAGCUCGGCAUGUCCGGUCUAGAGGCCGUUGAGAAGAUCGGCAUUGAAAAGUACAACGAAGAGUGCAAGGCUAUUGUCAUGCGAUUUGCUGGCGAAUGGCGUCAGACUAUUGAGCGUCUCGGUCGCUGGAUCGAUUUCGACAACGAUUACAAGACUAUGAACACUUCAUUCAUGGAAUCCGUUUGGUGGGUAUUCAAGCAGCUGUUUGACAAGGGCUUGGUCUACCGUGGCUACCGUGUUAUGCCGUACUCGACCGCCCUCAACACACCUCUCAGCAACUUCGAAGCCCAGCAAAACUACAAAGAUGUUCAGGAUCCUGCCGUUGUCGUGACCUUCCCCCUCCUGGAAGACCCCGAUACCUGCCUGCUUGCAUGGACCACUACCCCGUGGACCCUUCCCUCGCACACCGGCUUGUGUGCCCACCCCAACUUCGAGUAUGUCAAGAUCUACGACGAGGCCACCAAGAAGAACUAUAUUCUUCUUGAGUCCUUGCUCCGGACUAUCUAUAAAGACCCUAAGAAGGCCAAGUUCAAGAUUGUCGACCGUAUCAAGGGCAAAGACAUGCUGGGAUGGAAGUACGAGCCUCUCUUCGAUUACUUCUACGAGGAUUUCAAGGACUCUGGUUUCUGCGUGUUGAAUGACGAAUAUGUUACCGCCGAAGAUGGUGUUGGUAUUGUUCACCAGGCUCCUGCCUUUGGUGAGGAUGAUUACCAGGUCGCCGUGAAUCAUGGCGUUGUUACCGAAACCCGUCAUCCUCCGAACCCUGUUGAUCCGCAAGGCUGCUUCACUGAGGAGGUCCGAGACUUCGUUGGUCAGCAUGUCAAGGCUGCCGACAAGGGCAUCAUCAAGCACCUCAAGAGUACUGGUCGCAUCCUCGUUGACAGCCAAAUUACUCACAGCUACCCCUUCUGCUGGCGGUCUGACACUCCUCUGAUCUACCGUGCCGUGCCUUCAUGGUUCGUGAAGAUCACUCCUAUCAUCCCUCAAAUGCUAGAGGGUAUUGAAGAGUCACACUGGGUCCCGUCAUUUGUCAAGGACCGUCGAUUCUCUAGCUGGAUCAAGAAUGCCCGCGACUGGAACAUUUCCCGUAACCGUUUCUGGGGUACUCCUCUCCCUCUGUGGGUCAGUGAAGACUUUAAGGAGAUUGUUGCUAUUGGUAGCGUUGAGGAGCUCAAAGAACUGAGUGGUUACACGGGUGAGCUUACUGAUCUCCACCGUGACAAAGUGGAUCACAUCACCAUUCCGAGCAAGGAGGGCAAGGGCGAGCUCCGCCGUGUUAGCGAAGUGUUCGACUGUUGGUUCGAGUCGGGCAGUAUGCCUUACGCCUCUCAACAUUACCCCUUCGAGAACAAGGAACAAUUUGAGAAGAGUUUCCCUGGUGACUUCAUUGCCGAGGGUCUGGACCAGACCCGUGGAUGGUUCUACACUUUGACUGUUCUCGGAACCCACCUCUUCGGCAAGCUGCCUUUCAAGAACUGUGUGGUCAAUGGUAUCGUCCUUGCGGAGGAUGGCAAAAAGAUGUCGAAGAGACUGAAGAAUUACCCGGAUCCCACCCUUAUUAUGGACCGCUAUGGUUCGGAUGCCCUGCGUCUCUAUCUGAUCAACUCCCCCGUCGUCCGAGCCGAGCCUCUUCGAUUCAAAGAAUCAGGCGUCAAAGAGAUUGUCAGCAAGGUUCUCCUUCCGCUGUGGAACAGCUACAAGUUUUUUGAGGGCCAGGUGGCUCUCUUGAAGAAGGCCUCUGAUGUUGACUUUGUCUUCGACCCUAAGGCCGAGACUACCAACACCAACGUUAUGGAUCGUUGGAUCCUGGCCAGUUGCCAGAGUUUGCUCAUCUUUGUCAACGAGGAGAUGGCUGGCUACCGCCUCUAUACUGUUGUCCCUCGCUUGCUGGAGCUGAUUGAGAAUACCACCAACUGGUACAUCCGCUUCAACCGCAAGCGUCUCAAGGGUGAGAACGGUGUCGAUGACACUUUGCAUGCUCUGAACACUCUGUUUGAGGUUCUCUACACCUUAGUCCGCGGUCUUGCUCCGUUCACUCCCUUCCUCACCGACAAUAUCUACCAGCGCCUUCUUCCUUUGAUCCCGGAGGGUCUCCGUGCUGAGGAUCCUCGCAGUGUUCACUUCCUUGGCUUCCCUGAAGUGCGCCAGGAGUUGUUCGAUGAGGUUGUCGAGCGCAGAGUUGCGCGCAUGCAGAAGGUCAUUGAGCUUGGCCGUAUCUCCCGUGAGCGCAAGUCUAUUGGCUUGAAGACUCCUCUCAACUACCUCGAUGAUGUCAAGUCACUUGAGGGUUACAUUCUGGAGGAGCUAAACGUUCUUGAUCUUGUCUUGUCGACCGACGAGGCUAAGUACAAUGUUCAAUACAGCGUCAACGCUGACUGGCCCACACUGGGCAAGAAGCUUAAGAAGGACGUGCAGAAGGUCAAAAAGGCCUUACCUUCCCUGUCCAGCGAGGACGUCAAGAAAUACGUCGCUGAUAAGAAGAUCAUUGUGGACGGUAUUGAACUUGUUGAGGGCGAUCUCGUUGUCAAGCGUGGCAUUAAGGAGGACUCGGGUUCGUCUGGCAUAGAGACUAACACGGAUGCCGAUGUGAUGACUAUCCUCGAUGCUAACCUGUACCCCGAGUUGGCGCAUCAGGGUCUUGGUCGUGAGAUUAUCAACCGAGUGCAGCGUCUCCGCAAGAAGGCCGGUCUGGUUCCUACGGAUGAUGUGAAGAUGGAGUACACCAUUCUCUCUGACCCCGAGAACAUUGGCCUCGAUGAGGCCUUCAGGUCUCAGGCAUCGGCUAUCGAGAAAGCCGUGCGUCGUCCUCUUGAUGAGCGUGCUCUAGUUGAUGGCAAGCCCCCUGUUGCUGAUGAGGCGAGCACCAUUGCUCAAGAGGACCAGGAGGUGCAGAAUGCUACCUUCUUGCUCCGCCUGGUCAAGCUGUGA